GCCAGCGCGGCAGUGGCGGCUCUGGGCUCCAGCCAGCAGGUCCGCUGAGGGCAAGCUGAGUCAGAGAAAGGGCGCGGAAGUUGAAGAGGGUGAGUCAGGCACUGUCUACGCGAUAAAGGGACGAGGCACCGGGCGGUAGGGCUGACUGAGAGCGGCCCGUGCCGCCGUCUGUUCCGGGACGCUGCUGUCCUAGCGUCAGCGAGGGAAGGGUGAGGAGGAGCCUGAGCCGCGUCCCUGCAGCCGUUCUCGCCCUCACGCUCCGCCGCCAUCUCCACCAUGCAGUCCCGGGAAGACGCUCCGCGGUCUCGCCGCCUCGCCAGUCCCCGCGGCGGGAGGCGGCCCAAGAGGAUUUCCAAACCCUCGGUUUCAGCCUUUUACACGGGUCCAGAGGAGUUAAAGGACUCGGCCCAUUCUGCAGCCAUGCUGGCACAGCUCAAGUCGUUCUAUGACGCGCGGCUGCUGUGUGAUGUGACCAUCGAGGUGGUGACGCCUGGCAGCGGGCCUGGCACGGGCCGCCUGUUCCCCUGCAACCGCAACGUGCUGGCCGCCGCGUGCCCCUACUUCAAGAGCAUGUUCACGGGCGGCAUGUACGAGAGCCAGCAGGCCAGUGUGACCAUGCACGACGUGGACGCCGAGUCCUUCGAGGUCCUGGUGGAGUACUGCUACACGGGCCGUGUGUCCCUGAGCGAGGCCAACGUGCAGCGCCUGUACGCCGCCUCUGACAUGCUGCAGCUCGAGUACGUGCGGGAAGCCUGCGCCUCCUUCUUAGCCCGCCGCCUUGACCUGGCCAACUGCACGGCCAUCCUCAAGUUUGCCGAUGCCUUUGGCCACCGCAAGCUGAGAUCUCAGGCCCAGUCCUAUAUAGCUCACAACUUCAAGCAGCUCAGUCGGAUGAGUUCGGUUCGGGAGGAGUCUCUGGCCGACCUGACCCUGGCCCAGCUGCUGGCCAUCCUGCGCCUGGAUAGCCUGGACAUAGAGAGUGAGCUGACGGUGUGCCAUGUGGCCCUGCAGUGGUUGGAAGCUGCGCCCAAAGAGCGGGGCCCCAGUGCUGCCGAAGUCUUCAAGUGCGUCCGCUGGUCGCUCUUCACGGAAGACGACCAGGACUACCUGGAAGGGCUGCUGGCCAAGCCCAUUGUGAGGAAGUACUGCCUGGACGUCAUUGAAGGGGCCCUGCAGAUGCGCUACGGGGACGUGUUGUACAAGUCACUGGUGCCGGUGCCAAACAGCAGCACUAGCAGCAGUAGCAGCAGCAGCUCCGUUGUCUCUGCAGGAGAAAAUCCACCCCAGAGGCUGGGUAUGUGUGCCAAGGAGAUGGUGAUCUUCUUCGGACAUCCCAGAGAUCCCUUUCUUUGCUACGAUCCAUACUCAGGGGACAUUUACACAAUGCCUUCACCUUUAACCACCUUGGCUCACACUAAGACUAUAACCUCUUCUGCUGUCUGUGUCUCUCCAGACCAUGACAUCUAUCUAGCUGCCCAGCCCAGGAAAGACCUCUGGGUGUACAAACCAGCCCAAAAUAGUUGGCAGCAACUUGCAGACCGCUUGCUGUGUCGUGAGGGCAUGGAUGUGGCAUAUCUCAAUGGCUACAUUUACAUUUUAGGUGGGCGAGACCCUGUCACAGGAGUCAAGUUAAAGGAAGUGGAAUGCUACAGUGUUCAGAGGAACCAGUGGGCGCUGGUGGCUCCUGUGCCCCAUUCCUUCUAUUCCUUUGAACUAAUAGUGGUUCAGAACUAUCUUUAUGCUGUCAACAGUAAGCGCAUGCUCUGCUAUGACCCUAGCCACAAUAUGUGGCUGAACUGUGCUUCUCUUAAGCGCAGUGACUUUCAGGAAGCCUGUGUCUUUAAUGAUGAGAUCUAUUGUAUCUGUGACAUACCAGUUAUGAAGGUCUACAACCCAGCCAGGGGAGAAUGGAGGCGGAUCAGUAAUAUCCCUUUGGACUCAGAGACCCACAACUACCAGAUUGUCAAUCAUGACCAAAAGCUGCUGCUCAUUACUUCUACCACCCCUCAGUGGAAGAAGAACCGGGUGACUGUGUAUGAAUAUGAUACAAGGGAAGACCAGUGGAUUAAUAUAGGAACUAUGUUAGGUCUUUUGCAGUUUGACUCUGGCUUUAUUUGCCUCUGUGCUCGUGUUUACCCUUCCUGCCUUGAACCUGGUCAGAGUUUCAUCACUGAGGAAGAUGAUGCCCGAAGUGAGUCUAGCACUGAAUGGGACUUGGAUGGAUUCAGUGAGCUGGACUCGGAGUCAGGAAGUUCAAGUUCUUUUUCUGAUGAUGAAGUGUGGGUGCAGGUAGCACCUCAGCGAAGUGCACAGGAUCAGCAGGGUUCCUUGUAAAUAUUUUGAAGUGCUAAGAUGUUUCUCCUGCUUUGUGGAAUGUAUCUUAACAAGAUCUUUUCCUAAAAAAAAAAAAUUGACUAGAACCACAAAUUUGAUUUAGAAAGGGUAAUAUUUUUCAAAUACUAAUGUAAUAUUAUAAAAUGUAAACAGUCCAUAAAUCAGCCUGCUUAAUAAUUUACUCUGCUAAAAGUCCAGAUUAAAAUAUGCAAAAAGAUCUAAUUGAUUAUUAUCCUUUGUGGGUUUUGUUCAUUAUUCAAAUAUACAUUGUGCAAGUGAGUUUUUUUGAUUAGUAUAUUUUCAGUAUCAGUUUACUCAAUUUUUAAAUUGUUUAUUGUUACAAGAAAUUUAGUUUUUUAAUUUAUUUAAUAGUAAAUCAGACUAGGAAUUACUGGUAGGGUUUUAAGGUAUAUACAUUCCUUCAGAAUAAUGAAAGCAGAUUUCCAAAAGUUUAUUCUUGUCAAUUUCUUGUAAGUUAAAGGUAGUUUGUUAAAAUUUUGAUUGGGUUUCUCCCUACUGCAAGGAAAAAAAAAUGAAUACGUAAAGUUUUACCGAAUAGUGGUUUCAUUUUGGUUAUAUGUAGAAUGGCUUUACAAGUUCAUAGAAAGCUUUAAAAAUCAGGAUUUCACUGUUUUAAAAGAUUUGCAUUUUUAUUUUGGGAUUUAAAAUGCUUAUUUGCUAAAUGUGACCAUAUCUAAUUAAAAAAUGCAUUCUAGUGUCACCAAAAUACUCUUCUAAACUGGCCCCCUACCCCUGAAAAGAAAAUUUUGCUUUGUAAAUUCAUACUGUUGAUCUGUACCUGAUACAUGCCUCAUUGAGUCAGAGGAACAGUCCUUUUUCACUGGAAAUACAAUUGGGUAAUGUAAAUUUUUAUCUGUUGGUCAUGCUUUGUCUUAAAAAAGUUUAUUUGCUUUCUUGAUAUAGUUUUGAUGUUUCUCUUCAGUAGGAAACAAUUUAUUCUUUACUGUUUUGUGAGGUAAUAUUGGUUUUGAAAAUAUGUAUAAGCUAAAAACAGUAUUUUAUUGUUAUUAGUGGUCAUUGUGUCUAUCAUCUUUAAAAUUAAGUGCCAGCAAAGACCUUCAAACUUUAAGAUGUAUAUAGAACUGUUUUCUGUAGUAUUGAAAUACUCUGUCAGUUUUGUAAGUCAUGUAUAUGUUCUUGAUUAUCAGCUUGAAGGUAUUUUUGUAUUAAAAGUUGACAGUUAAAGAACUUAAGUGGAUGUGGCAUUUGGGGCCAAUAGUGAAAGUAUGUUUCCUCUCAAAUAUUUCCCUAAGCUGUAGUAUACAUGGUUAUUUUAUUAUGGCAUUUGUAUGUGUUUUGUGUUUCUCUGUGAACUGUACUCUAGACUUUGAUUCUGUCACCAUAUGUUAGGGGAAGUCCAGAAAUAGAGACUAAGUCACACAAAACUGACAUUGUUAAAUAUGAGAAAAUAUAGGUGCUUACCUUUUGAAGCUUUAUUAAUACAUGUUUAUCAGAAUACAUGUACACACUAAAUGGUGUACAUAUGCAUAUACAGAUGUUUAUGAUGUAUACAUUUUUCUAUAACUGCUUAAAAUUAUCUUCCUGAAUCUUUGUUAAAUAACAUGCUAAUUCUUCAUCUGUGUUUAUUCUCUAUAGACAGAAUUUUGAUACCCUGUCAGAGGGCUGAGGAGUGUGACUGGGAAGGGGAACUGAAUUUUGGAAUAAAAAACAGGCAGAAAGAAAAGGAUAAAACAGAUACACACACACACACACACACAGAAUGCUUCCUUAGCCAUUUUGAUUGGCCAUUUUAAGAAUCUACAAGACAUUCCUGUUUAACAUUUCUACCAAAAUAAGAUACCUGCCCUAGCAUUUCAUCUUCCUUCAAAAAGGUUAACAUGCUUUUAGUGGCCUAUGGCUAAAUUUUGUUCCAUUUGAUAUCAGGGACGUUAUGAGUACUGCUCUUAACAUAGAAAACUAUUUGUCAAUAAUGUUACUUUUCGGCCAGCUUCUUCUUCAUCAACAUCUUGUUAAUAGCUUUUUGUUCUGUAAGGUUGAACCAUAGCAAUGCUUAUUUCAAUGAGAUUAUCCCUCUGCAGAAUUAAGGUGUGCAACUCAUGUAAAAAUGCAAAUUCUCCAAUUUGUCAUUCUUAAUCUUUCAGUUAAGGCCUAGGCUAAAUAAUAGUAAUAUCUUGCUUUACAAUAAGGUUUUCUUGGAAAGAAUUUUGGUUCUGUAAUUAUAUUUGUGAAAUAGGGAGUAGAUGUGAACCAUUAUUUUCUAAAAUGAUUUGUACAUGGUUAGUUACAAAUAAAAUUGAUAACUAGAACCCAGG